CGGAACAACAAGGUGCUCCAGGGUUACCCCAUGCCCAUCGGUCACUUCUGGAAGGGACUGCCACCAAACAUCAACGCUGCCUACGAGAGGAACGAUGGCAAAUUUGUAUUUUUCAAGGGUGACAAGUACUGGGUGUUCACAGAGUCCAGUAUGGAGCAGGGUUACCCAAAGACUCUGAAGGAGCUGGGCACAGGGCUGCCCAAAGACAAGCUGGACGCUGCUCUCUUCUACACCCCCACCGGACAGACAUACUACUUCAGAGGGACCAAGUAUUACCGUUUCAAUGAAGAGUCCCAGACUGUGGACAGAGACUACCCCAAACCCAUCAACACAUGGCAGGGUGUCCCCGACAACAUUAAGGCUGCCAUCAUGAGCGAAGAAGGAUCCUACACCUACUUCUACAAAGCCAACAAGUACUGGAAGUUCAACAACCAGCACAUGAGGGUGGAGUCGGGCUACCCCAAAUCGGUGCUCAGCGAAUGGAUGGGCUGCGCGGGGGAGGAGCCUAAGAAGCGGGACGGCGAGGAGGAAGUGAUCAUCAUCGAGGUGGAGGAGGGAGAAGGCGGGGCCACGGCGGCGGCCGUGGUGAU